AUGCCUGUCUCCAAGAAGAUGAAGGCAAGUUCUCAUUCCCACAUCCAACGCGACCACAAGAAGGCAGAGGCAGCAGGAACUCGCGCCCCCGUCAAGGCCAACGGUCUACCCGUCAAAGCCAAGAAGCCAACAUCCAUCUGCGCCAACUGCCGCAAAGAAAUCGUCAACACGAACAUCAAGCAACUGGAAGUCCACGCCGAAACCCACGACCAGAAGCUGUGGCCCAAGGAGAAGUGCUGGCCCAAGGACUUUCCCUCCACUACUGCCGAGUGA